AUGGAAAUACGCAAACGCAAACGGAGAUUACCGCUACAUAAAUCGAUUACUGAAGCUGGGCGUCUGAUCGGACGUCGACUAGCGGUUUCGAAACAGCUGUUCAGGGAGUCCGGGCCGAGAUUCCUGGAGAAUUUCUGGAACAGAAGUCACAGCUCUCAAGCCGAAUGCGAUGUGGUCCUCACCUUGCCGGCUUCGACAGAUCAAAUACUCUUAGAAUGGCUCCUCCGAACUUUCGAGGAGCGAUUGCCCCAUCUGAUAGUGAGACUAUCUCAUCAUGGAUAUUUCAAGCUGAUCAUGCUGAGCUGCACUGCCGAUAUGCCGACCUUACUACGAGGUGCGGAAGAGCUCCACGUGCGAAAACGCGUUCGAUCGGAGUUCGGAGGCGGCUUCAAAGAAUUCUGCUGCGAUGAUCCGUUCGGAAUAUGGGAGGAAAGAGAUAUCGCCCGUUUUCUAUCAACGCAAGAACGUCAAGAGAUUGUCAUGUAUUUCCUGAACUCCAUGCGCACGGAAGCCAGAGACACCGUUAGGGGCAAGCUUCUUCUAGAAGGACAAUCCUUGAUACAGCGACUUCGGAUCGAGGGAAUAAUCGAGCAGAUCUACCCGCUUCACGAAGAAGAACCCUUACGGAACCUUAAGACUAAUUGGGUCAAUCGGCUCUUCGAUUCUCAGCCUCUGGAUGACGUCGCGAAUUAUUUCGGGGUGAAGAUCGCCAUGUAUUUCGGCUGGUUGGGCCACUACACGACCGCCCUCUUCUUUCCCGCAAUCAUGGGACUAUGCAUUUGGAUAUCGUGCUAUGGCAAGGACCAGCGUCACGAAGAUCUUUGCUUCAUACUGUUCGCCCUGCUAAAUGUUGUGUGGGCUACAUUAUACUUGGAAUCAUGGAAGAGGAAAUCCUCUGAGUUGGCUCAUAUGUGGGGAACUCUGGACGUUUCCAACGAAAUGCUUUCUGUGCCACGACCAUUAUUCAAGGGUCAAAUGGUGAAAAGUCCGGUAACGGGCAGAAUGGAGCCACGAUAUCCGAAAUGGAAGCGAAACCUCUUCCGUUACCUAGUCACACUGCCUGUGAUCUCGUUGUGCCUUGUGGUGGUGCUCGGAGUCAUGCUACUCAUGUUACAACUUCAAACAUGGACGGACAAAAGAUACAGAGAUGACAGCUUCAAGGGCUGGAUGAUGUCGAUGCUGCCGAAAAUUCUCUUCGCUCUGAUUAUACCGAUCACAGAUACAGUUUACAAGAAAAUCGCGGUGUGGCUGAACGACAAAGAAAACUACCGCCUGGAGGAGAGCUAUGAAAACCAUCUUAUCAUGAAGAUAUCUGUGUUCCAAUUCGUCAAUUCUUUCCUGUCUCUUUUCUACAUCGCAUUCUACCUCCAAGACAUGGACAAACUCAAGGAUCAGCUCGCAGCACUCCUCAUCACUCGCCAAGUCGUCGGGAAUAUCAAGGAAUCCCUAGUGCCGUACAUUGUGGAGACUCUCUGUCUCGCGGAAAUGACGUCGAGACGUCGAGCUUCCGCCGUGGAGAGCAAUGCGCAGGAUCAAACUCAUUCCGAUACGGCCCCUGACGCUGGACCUUCUCAGGCUGAGGUUGAGGCCGCGAUGUACAGGUACGAUGGCACAUUUGAGGACUACCUGGAGAUGUUCAUCCAGUUCGGUUACGUUGUGCUCUUCUCGUCGGCAUUUCCCUUAGCGGCACUGUGUGCGUUCGUGAACAACGUCGUGGAGAUUCGCAGCGAUGCCUUCAAGCUGUGCGCGAUUUUCCAAAGGCCUUUCGGACAACCCGCAGAAAAUAUUGGAACUUGGCAGGACGCAAUGGAAAUUAUGGGGAUGCUGGCCGUGGUAGUAAACUGUACACUGGUUGGUCUGAAUGGCCAAUUGACACGCAUGUGGCCAUCACUCGGGAAGCUGGAGACAAUCAUAAUCGUCGUGAUCGUAGAACAUCUUCUGCUCUUGCUGAAAUUCGCUAUUGCAUUCGCUAUUCCUGACGUGCCCCACUGGGUACAGAUCGAAAUGGCCAAAGCCGAAUUCCAACGGCGCGAAGCCGCGAAGCAUCAUCAACAAGGUAUCUACUUAUCGACGGAAUUGGAAUCGGAGGGCACUCAAACGGAUCCCACACCACUAGAAGAGAAAUCCGUCCAGACAGGAGUACGAAGGCGAUCGGAGACAGCGUCGUCAUCACCCCCGACGUGGCGUCGAGGACUCUCUGUGAUCGGACAAUCCAUUUCAGAGCGAUUCUAGUAACCCAAGGACAGUUCCUCGGUUAUUUGUGUCAAUCUGCGAGAGAGAGUCCGGAAGGGAAACAUAGAGUGGAGGUCACAAGUCCCAAAUUUUGUCGACCGAUGGCUGCGCAGGAGCAAGCUUUCUAUAGCAUUAAAAGGAGGGAUUCUCGCGAAAUUCCAGGGGCGGUUCUCCGGUAUCCUCGAUCGGACCAUCGAUAUGGACAGCUCCCACAGAAGAGAGGGAUGUGAUAUCAUACACGCCAGGGACGGGGUUUGGUCAUCGGGGACUUAUACACACAUCUAUGAUUUGUUCGUUUCAAAUGCAUCUCUUCCUGCUCUGCAAUUGAUGUGAG